AUGCUCACCCUACCGAAGCUGACGAAGGGUGGAGUGCCCUGGAUGAGGGCCCUGAUGAAACAGACUGCUGGUGAUAAACUAUGCUGGGGAGAUAUACAUGCCGCCCUGACCAAAGCCGCAGAUGAAACAGUCGCAGAAAGAAUUGAAGCUGCAGUUGGAAGGAAGAUCAAAAUACCACUACGGAAGACUGCUGCCAUUCAGAUGUUCCGUGAAGCAUUGGAGGAAGAACUGAAGACGAGAUAUCCAUGCACUCUGACGGAUGAACUCAUGUCCCUGCAGAUGAAAAAUGAUGAAGACUACUACAGCUACAAACAACGAGCUAAAACUCUAUAUCAUGAUGCUACAGACAACAGAGAAGCUCCUCCCACAGACAACAGAGAAGCUCCUCCCACAGACAACAGAGAAGCUCCUCCCACCGGCGUCAGGCGCGUCACUCGCGUCAAAAGCUUCAAGCAUCAAAAUGACAAAACUAUCCCGGCACGCCCGUGUGGAGGUGAGCAGCUCUGGCCCCGGCCCCUGCACCACGCCCUCCUUCCCCCCGCUCAGCACACCUCUCUGGAGCAGUUGGAGGAAGAUGAAGAAGCCAAGGACAGCUUUGACGUGGACAUCUCGGUCACCAGUCCUGAGAAAGUGGGGGACGGCAUGAACGCAUUCGUGGCCUACAGAGUCUCCACCAGGGUGAGUCUGUGGAACUGA